GUUCAAACUGCCGCCAGAGAGUCCAGCCUUGCCGAGUUUGCAGACUAAUCAAUUGUGGAUAGAUGGAGGGGAAGGUGAGGGAUGAGCGGUGGACUGCGAAAGUGAGCGCAAGAAUGCGACCGCUGUGAAGGUUGACAGCAUGGCAGCGCGUACAGAGGUACACAGUACUACAGAGUACGCGCCUGCGGUACUUUCUCUGCCAAGUUCAUCGUAAUCCACCCGUAGACGAUGUUCUACAGCGGCCCGCCGAGCGACCCGGUUUCAUCUUGCCAACCGCUCUGCAAGCGCGUCGCUUUCCCGCUUACCGCUCUGGUAAAGCCCUUCCUACAACCACACCGCUGUCGUCCACUCAAAAUCAGUACACCGCUGAAAACUACACAAAACUAAACCGUAUACAGCGAAUAGCGCAGCAGGGAUAGCAGUAAGUCGUUCGCUAGAUGUGCUCGCCCAGUUCGAAAGCCGUGUUUCAUGUUGGCCUUGCAAGGCUCCAUGCUGUAG